AUGAGGGAAGAAAUAGCAGCGGCUGUCGUGUUUUUGACUCGCGUCUUGCGUGAAAACAGCGGUGUGCCGAAGGAAAAACUUGCGAUCUUCUCAGACAAUUUGUCCGCCAUUCUAGUAGAACGCUUCAAGAACCACUGGCACUCGGAGAAACCCAGCAAAGGUCAAGGUUACAGGUGCGUGCGUCUGUCCACCAAUCAGCAUCACGAUCCCGUGUUACGGCGAGCCGCCAAUCAAUCAAAAUUGGAGCUUCACAACCUGCGUCUACCUGUAGAGCUUGUGUUAUGGAUUGACCCCAUGGAGGUCACCUGUCGGUUAGGAGAGCACAAGUGUAAUCAAUGUACAGUGGCGUGUUUUAAGCCUGGUCAGAAUGAGAACAACGCCCUCACCCUGGACAUUUCCUGUAUGAUGGAGAAGCACCAGGAAGAUGACGAGAAGAACCUACAGUUCCUGGCCAGCCGACUGAACAAGAAGUCUAGCAGCUACCAGCCAAAGGCCUACUCCCCGACGGAGGAAUGCUGUGGAUCACUGAAGAGUACGCCGACCCAUUCCAUUACCUGGUCAAGGACGUCCGCGACAAGCGCGUCUAUCUAAAGCAACAACACAAUUCCCAUAACCGCCACCACCAGGCCCAGUGUCUAA